GUGCCCUGCCCAACGCGGCAGGCUUCUGAGUGCCUAAAAACAGGGUGGGAGAAUCAGAUCUCUGUGAGCUCGGAUGCUUCUACAACACACUCGCUAGAGGAGCUUUCGGCACCGCAGUUCUUUACAAAGCAAUGCAGCAACAUCGACGUGAUGACUUCCCGGGUUGUCCGCGAAAGCAGCAUCCAACAGGCCAUUUGCGCUGCAGUCGCCGAUGGACAAGUUUCGGUGACAGUGGCGGAUCCCAGGAGUGAGGAUGCUGCGCUCAUAGCGAUCUCCGAGCAGUUUGAAAGCAUGACAGGCUACUGCCGUCAGGAAAUCCUUGGCAAGAACUGCCGUUUCCUCAACGUGGGCUGCGACUGCAAGCCUGGUGACCUGCUCCGACUCCGGAGAUCGGUAGAGACCGGUGAGCCCUUCACCGGCGUGCUGGAGAACAGAAGGAAGUCAGGGGAGUUGUUCCGGAAUCUGUUGGACCUGUGCGGGUUGACGGUGGCGCGAAAUCCCUUCAACGGCGCUGAGCUGUGGUUUCUCGUCGGCAUCCAGGCAGAUGUUUCCGCCCUGGACGAGAUUUCGCUGCACAAGGCCGAACAAGAGGUGCACCGUGUGGCCAACGAUAUCCGCUCGCGCCUGGCCGAUCAGCUUUCGGCCUUGGCGAUCUCUGGAGCUCUGAUGUCCAAUUUCGAAGUGUCGGAUGAGGGCAACUACCUCCGGAGCAGGGAGUAUUCCAAGCCCAGGGACCUUGACCCAGAGGUGUGGAGCUUGCUUCCUACUCCACAGUGGAAAAGCGGGGCGAUACCUUCGACACCUCCUGCCCCAGUUUCGGACACAGCGCUUUCCGGCAAUGCGCGUGCCUUGUUAGUGCGAGGUAAACAAGAAUGCCAGGAAGAGGUGUGCACCGCUC